GAGAGUGAAGGGAAGGAGCUUCAGUGGCUGGUUGAGAAAUGUGGGAACAGGUAUCAUGUUCUCAACAAUAAGAACAGGAGUGAUGACACUCAGGUCACAGAGCUGCUGGAGAAGAUAGAGGAGAUGGUGGCAGCAAACAGUGGACGCCAUUUUGAAAUGGACAGAAAGAUUCUUCAGGAGGUGGAAGAGAAGAGGAGAGCAGAGAUAGAGGGAGCAAAAGAGAGGAUGAUGAAGGUACAGAAGCAGAGAGAAGGCCUAAAUUUACACAUGUCUGGUGUCUUGUGUCUCUCAGAGCUGAGGAUUGUGCUGCUGGGGAACAGAAAUGCUGGGAAGAGUUCAGCAGGAAACACCAUCCUGAACAGAGAGGAGUUUGAGUUAAAGAGAGCUGCUCAGUGUGUGAAGAGACAGAGAGAAGUAGCAGGGAGACACAUCACUGUGGUUGAAGCUCCAGGAUGGUGGAAGAAUAUACCUGUAGAGGAGAGCACUGAGUUACUGAAACAGGAGAUUGUGCUCAGUGUGUCUCUGUGUCCUCCAGGACCUCACUGUCUGCUGCUGAUCAUACGUCUGAACAAUAUUUUUAAAGACAAUUAUAGAAAUAUAAUAGAGGGCUAUCUGAGAAUUUUUACUGAUACAGUCUGGAGUCACACUAUAGUGCUGUUCACUCAUGAAGACUGUCUAGGAAACACACCCAUAGAGCAGCACAUUGAGAGUGAAGGGAAGGAGCUCCAGUGGCUGGUUGAGAAAUGUGGGAACAGGUAUCAUGUUCUCAACAAUAAGAACAGGAGUGAUGACACUCAGGUCACAGAGCUGCUGGAGAAGAUAGAGGAGAUGGUGGCAGCAAACAGUGGACGCCAUUUUGAAAUGAACAGAAAGAUUCUACAGGAGGUGGAAGAGAAGAGGAGAGCAGAGGAAGAGAGAGCUAAAGAGAGGAUGAUGGUGCAGAAUCAGAGAGAAGACCUCAGAUCAUACAUGCGUGACACACACCGUCUCUCAGAGCUGAGGAUUGUGCUGCUGGGUUACAGAAAUGCUGGGAAGAGCUCAGCAGGAAACACCAUCCUGAACAGAGAGGAGUUUGAGUUAAAGAGAGCUGCUCAGUGUGUGAAGAGACAGAGAGAAGUAGCAGGGAGACACAUCACUGUGGUUGAAGCUCCAGGAUGGUGGAGUGAUAAACCUGUAGAGGAGAGCACUGAGUUACUGAAACAGGAGAUUGUGCUCAGUGUGACUCUGUGUCCUCCAGGACCUCACUGUCUGCUGCUGAUCAUACGACUGGACAGUGUUUUUAAAGAGAAUUAUAGAAACAUAAUAGAGGGAUAUAUGAGAAUUUUUACUGAUUCAGUGUGGAGUCACACUAUAGUGCUGUUCACCUGUGGAGACUGUCUGGGAGACACACCCAUAGAGCAGCACAUCGAGAGUGAAGGGAAGGAGCUCCAGUGGCUGGUUGAGAAAUGUGGGAACAGGUAUCAUGUUCUCAACAAUAAGAACAGGAGUGAUGACAUUCAGGUCACAGAGCUGCUGGAGAAGAUAGAGGAGACGGUGGCAGCAAACAGUGGAUGCCAUUUUGAAAUGGACAGAAAGAUUCUACAGGAGGUGAAAGAGAAGAGGAGAGCAGAGGAAGAGAGAGCUAAAGAGAGGAUGAUGAGAAAAGGGAACCUUAGAUCACACAUUUGUGACGCCCACCGCCUCUCAGAGCUGAGGAUUGUGUUGCUGGGGAACAGAAAUGCUGGGAAGAGUUCAGCAGGAAACACCAUCCUGAACAGAGAGGAGUUUGAGUUAAAGAGAACUGCUCAGUGUGUGAAGAGACAGAGAGAAGUAGCAGGGAGACACAUCACUGUGGUUGAAGCUCCAGGAUGGUGGAAGAAUGAACCUGUAGAGGAGAGCACUGAGUUACGGAAACAGGAGAUUGUGCUCAGUGUGUCUCUGUGUCCUCCAGGACCUCACUGUCUGCUGCUGAUCAUACGUCUGGACAGUGAUUUUAAAGAGAAGUAUAGAAACACAUUAGAAGGAUAUCUGAAACUUCUCACUGAUACAGUGUGGAAUCACACUAUAGUGCUGUUCACUCGUGGAGACUGUCUGGGAGACACACCCAUAGAGCAGCACAUUGAGAGUGAAGGGAAGGAGCUCCAGUGGCUGGUUGAGAAAUGUGGGAACAGGUAUCAUGUUCUCAACAAUGAGAACAGGAGUGAUGACACUCAGGUCACAGAGCUGCUGGAGAAGAUAGAGGAGAUGGUGGCAGCAAACAGUGGACGCCAUUUUGAAAUGGACAGAAAGAUUCUCCAGGAGGUGGAAGAGAAGAGGAGAGCAGAGGAAGAGAGAGUGAAACAGAGGAUGAUGAAGGUGCAGAAACAGAGAGAAGACUUUAAAUUAUACAUGUGUGACUCACACCGUCUCUCAGAGCUGAGGAUUGUGCUGCUGGGGUGCAAAUAUUCUGGGAAGAGCUCAGCAGGAAACACCAUCCUGAACAGAGAGGAGUUUGAGUUAAAGAGAGCUGCUCAGUGUGUGAAGAGACAGAGAGAAGUAGCAGGGAGACACAUCACUGUGGUUGAAGCUCCAGGAUGGUGGAGUAAUAAACCUGUAGAGGAGAGCACUGAGUUACUGAAACAGGAGAUUGUGCUCAGUGUGUCUCUGUGUCCUCCAGGACCUCACUGUCUGCUGCUGAUCAUACGUGUGGACAAUGUUUUUAAACAGAAUUAUAGAAAAAUAUUAGAAGGAUAUCUGAAACUUCUAUGUCUUACAGUGUGGAGUCAAACUAUAGUGCUGUUCACCUGUGGAGACUGUCUGGGAGACACACCCAUAGAGCAGCACAUUGAGAGUGAAGGGAAGGAGCUCCAGUGGCUGGUUGAGAAAUGUGGGAACAGGUAUCAUGUUCUCAACAAUGAGAACAGGAGUGAUGACACUCAGGUCACAGAGCUGCUGGAGAAGAUAGAGGAGAUGGUGGCAGCAAACAGUGGACGCCAUUUUGAAAUGAACAGAAAGAUUCUACAGGAGGUGGAAGAGAAGAGGAGAGCAGAGGAAGAGAGAGCUAAAACGAGGAUGAUGAAGGUGCAGAAACAGAGAGAAGACUUUAAAUCACACAUGUCUGACUCACACCAUCUCUCAGAGCUGAGGAUUGUGCUGCUGGGGUACAGAUAUGCUGGGAAGAGUUCAGCAGGAAACACCAUCCUGAACAGAGAGGAGUUUGAGUUAAAGAGAGCUGCUCAGUGUGUGAAGAGACAGAGAGAAGUAGCAGGGAGACACAUCACUGUGGUUGAAGCUCUAGGAUGGUGGAAGAAUAUACCUGUAGACCUCAUGUCUGAGUUAUUUAAACAGGAGAUUGUGCUCAGUGUGUCUCAGGGCCCUUCAGGACCUCAUGCUCUACUACUGGUCAUACGUGUGGACAGUGUUUUUAAAGAGAAAUGCAAAAAAGUACUUGAUGGAUUCCUGAGUCUUCUCAGUGAUGAAGUGUGGAAUCACACUAUAGUGCUAUUCACCUUUGGAGACUGUCUGGGAGACACACCCAUAGAGCAGCACAUUGAGAGUGAAGGGAAGGAGCUCCAGUGGCUGGUUGAGAAAUGUGGGAACAGGUAUCAUGUUCUCAACAAUGAGAACAGGAGUGAUGACACUCAGGUCACAGAGCUGCUGGAGAAGAUAGAGGAGAUGGUGGCAGCAAACAGUGGACGCCAUUUUGAAAUGGACAGAAAGAUUCUACAGGAGGUGGAAGAGAAGAGGAGAGCAGAGGAAGAGAGAGCAAAAGAGAGGAUGACGAAAAUGCAGAAACAGAGGAUGAGUAACCAGUUACAGAUAAGUAACAAUAGACGUUACUCAGAGCUGAGGAUUGUUCUGCUUGGAUAUAAAGGAGCUGGCAAGAGUUCAGCAGGAAACACCAUCCUGAACAGAGAGGAGUUUGAGUUAAAGAGAGCUGCUCAGUGUGUGAAGAGACAGAGAGAAGUAGCAGGGAGACACAUCACUGUGGUUGAAGCUCCAGGAUGGCAGUUUGAUGAAUCUCAGAGGAGCUCAGAGAUACUUAGACAUAUAAUGUUCAGUUUACGUUUCUGUAAUCCAGGACCACAUGCUCUACUACUGAUCAUACGUCUGGAGGUUGGCUUUAAAGAAAAGCACUUAAACGCAUUAGAAGGAUACUUAAAACACCUCUGCGAAACAGUCUGGAGACACACUAUAGUGCUGUUCACCUUUGGAGACUGUCUAGGAGACACACCCAUAGAGCAGCACAUUGAGAGUGAAGGGAAGGACCUCCAGUGGCUGGUUGAGAAAUGUGGGAACAGGUAUCAUGUUCUCAACAAUGAGAACAGGAGUGAUGACACUCAGGUCACAGAGCUGCUGGAGAAGAUAGAGGAGAUGGUGGCUGCAAACUGUGAACAAAAUACACAGAAGGAGGAAGAGAAACAGAGAACAGAAGAGGAAAUGCUAAUGGGGAGGAAAAACUCCCUCAGAUCAGAUGCAGAACCCCAUAGGAUUCCGUCAUCUAGAGCAACCAAGAGAAUAUCCACAGGAGGCAGCAGCUUCAGUACAAGUGUGAGAAGGUUCCAGUUAGAGAGCAAGGCCUUACCUGCCGAGAGCUAUCUGUCCAUGAUCACUGACCGAUUUAGUAUAAACGGAGCUCCAUCACCUGCUCCCAGUUACCUGUCCAUAAGGACUGACUGGUCAAUGGAGGAACCUUUACAGUUCAGUAGAUCAUUCAUACGUGACAAUCAGAGGUUUGGACUGGAGAGCAGACCUUCAUCAGUGCUCAGCUACCUGUCCAUGGAGACUGAAUGCUCAGCAGAACACAACUUCAGCUUGAGUGAAACGCCAUUAUCUGAAUACCAAGGGUUUCUGCUCAGCACGUCUCCUGCUCCCAGCAGCCUGUCCAUGAAGUCUGAAGCAUCAAUGGAUGAAGCUGUAAAAUUCACUGACUUGACUUCAAAAGAUCAUCAAAGCUACGCUGGACCUGGAGACACAGCCUGUGAUGUCUGCACUGGGAGGAAGCUGAAAGCAGUGAAGAUGUGUGUGAACUGCACUCAGUCUUUCUGUGAAACUCAUGUGAAGCCGCAUUACACAGUAAAAGCCCUGGAGACCCACACUCUGGAGGAGGCCGCUGUAGAGCUGGAGCCUCAUUUAUAAAAAGGACUAUUUGUUUGUUUGAAAUUCAUAAGUUAUACUGGCAGAGGGUUCUUUUCCUCCUUCACUCUGUUUCUGCAGGUUCUGCUGAUGGUCAGAGCGUGGAUCUGCUAGGCUGAGUAUUGUUGUUCCAGAUGAUUCUGGACGUGGAUGGCUGUAGAUGAUGGCAGUUUGGUUCUUUGGUGAUGACACCCUUCCCUUUAGCUUCUGUGUUCACUGCCCAGACAAAGAGCCUGUAUUUGCAUAACUUCACUACUCAAGCUUUGUACCUGCACACUUAACAAUGAUGGUUCGUCAAGGGUUCUUUAGUAAAGAAAAUCAUUCACUAUAGAACCAUGAACAUUCAAAGAACCCUUUCCCUGAUUAAUUGGCUCUUUGCUUCAUGAACGUGUUCUUCAGGUUGAUGGAGAAUAUGCUGUAGAUGGUUCUAUAUAGAACCUUUUUGAAAAUGGUUUAAUAUAGCACCAAAACGGUUUUUCUAUUGUAACACGCCUGACAUCGUUUAUAGAACCAUUUUCAAAAAGGUUCUAAAAAGAACCGUCUACAGCAUAUUCUCCAUCAGUCUGAAGAACCCUUUCACAAUGCAAAGAACCCUUUUAUCAUGCAAAUGGUUCUUUGAGCGUUUAUGGUUCUAUGUAGAAUUAUUUUCUUUA